UCUUCGGAACAGAAACAGAGAGAGAGAGAGAGAGAGCUUGUGCGUUAUGUCUCUCUCCCAAACUGUCUUCACUCCUUCAUUCCUCUCAUCUAUCAGCAAUGAGCUGCGAAUUCCUCAUCCAAGACCAGUACUCUCUUAUCCACGUACCCAAACAAACCGUAUCCUCUGCGCCGCGAAGCGAACCGGGAAGCGGAGAUACCCUUCAGAGAGGAAGAAGCUGAGAACAGAGCAGAAGGAAGCUGCGGCAAAGGUUAAGAACAAGCUCGAAGGAGUCUGGCGUCUCUCUAAGCUCGGAGUCCCCGUCGGAGACGACCCUGGUAAAGAUUCUCUCGGAAUCUCAGAAGGGCUGCUUCAAGCCAUCGCUAAAGUUAUCGAGUUUCCGGUUGCUUCUAUGCUGCCAGAAGAAGCUUUUUCUGUUGUGAGGAAGUCUUUUGACGCUAGGAAGAUUCUGAAAGAAGCUAAGUUUGUGUAUACUGUGGACUUGGAUGUGAAGACGCUUCUUGAGUUGGAGCCUCGUGCUCAUGAUUUUAUAUUCCGUUUAGAGCCAAAGCUUGGGCUUGUUGAGCAUCUGUCUCCCGAGAAGACUGUUUCUGGUGACUUGAUCAGUGUAGUCAACGAGUGUAGAAGAGUCAACGGUGAUGCAGCAGCUGGAGAGCAUGAGCCUGUGGUUAUCAAUGGCACUGGAGGAGGAGGAAGAAGCAAACCGAGAGUCGCAGUUGUGGGUGGAGGUCCUUCUGGUCUGUUUGCAGCUCUUGUUCUUGCAGAGUUUGGUGCUGAUGUGACAUUGAUUGAGAGAGGGCAAGCAGUGGAAGAAAGGGGACGUGAUAUAGGCGCUUUGGUAGUUCGUAAGAUCUUGGAUAUGGAGAGUAACUUCUGCUUUGGCGAGGGUGGUGCAGGUACUUGGAGUGAUGGAAAGCUCGUUACUCGAAUAGGGAAGAACAGUGCCACUGUUUUAGCGGUGUUGAAGACGUUGGUUCGUUUUGGUGCUCCUGAUAACAUACUGGUCAAUGGAAAGCCUCAUCUAGGAACAGACAAGCUAAUUCCGUUACUCCGUAAUUUCAGACAUUAUCUUCAAAGCGCAGGAGUGAAUAUCAAGUUUGGGACUCGUGUAGACGAUCUUCUUGUAGAGGAUUCUCGUGUUGUUGGAGUCAGAGUUUCGGAUUCAACAGACAAGUUGCAGAGUAGCUCCAAGGAUUUAAAAUUCGAUGCAGUUGUUCUUGCGGUUGGUCACUCAGCACGUGACACUUAUGAGAUGCUUCUUUCUCGUAAUGUGGAGCUGACUCCAAAAGAUUUUGCCGUUGGUUUGCGCGUUGAGCAUCCUCAGGAGCUAAUUAACAGUAUACAGUACUCAGAUUUAGCAAGUGAAGUUCGUAAAGGACGAGGCAAAGUACCAGUGGCGGACUAUAAGGUUGUUCAAUACGUGAAUGAUAAAGACGAGGAUGUCUCUCAGUCUUCAUCAUCUAAACGUAGUUGCUACUCCUUCUGCAUGUGUCCUGGUGGUCAGGUUGUUCUCACCAGCACAAACCCAAACGAACUCUGCAUCAAUGGCAUGUCGUUCUCUCGCCGUUCAUCCAAAUGGGCCAAUGCUGCACUAGUCGUCACUGUCUCAGCAAAAGACUUUGAUCUUCUCAAUCUUACUGGACCCUUAGCUGGGAUUGAGUUUCAGAGAGAGUUUGAAAGAAGAGCGGCUAUGAUGGGUGGUGGCGACUUUACAGUUCCUGUACAGAGGGUUCCUGAUUUUCUGCAAAGCAAGUUAUCUGAAACACCUUUGCCUUCAUCAAGCUAUAGAUUAGGAGUGAAGUCUGCAAAGCUGCACGAACUGUUUCCUGCUCAUAUCACAGAUUCUCUGCGACAGUCUCUCUCUAUGUUUGAAAAAGAGUUACCGGGGUUCAUCUCAGAGGAAGCACUCCUCCACGGUGUAGAGACAAGAACAAGCUCUCCUGUUAGGAUACCUCGAAGCAAUGAGACAUACGAGAGCACGAGCUUGAAAGGUUUAUACCCAGUUGGUGAAGGAGCUGGAUAUGCUGGUGGGAUUGUAAGUGCUGCAGUGGAUGGUAUGUUCUCAGGUUUUGCUGUUGCAAAAAACUUCGAUCUAUUUGAUGGAGCCAUAGAGUCGGUUAUUGGAAAAGCUCAAGGUGCUGGACUUGUGAAGUACUGAUGAUGAUGGUGAAGAAGAAGAA